AUGGCCCAUCUGUGGGAGCAGUUCUCGGACUCGUGCAAUGAGAGAGAUGAGAAUACUCCUGUUGCUCCAGGGCCUUUGAGAGUUCUCCCUGUGACAACAUAUUCUUGCAUCACGAGGGGAUUCUGCUAUCACCGUGAAUACAUGACCACUGAUACCUCCCAGACUAAAUCAAUCCUUGGAUUUCGUGAACCACAGCAGAUGAUGCAGAUCUUCUCUCUGAGGCUGUCAAGCUAUAAAUCUAAAUCCUAUCCCAUUAGUAUUUACGGAACAUUCGCCGAAUCUGAAGACUUGCCUCUUUGUAGCCCUUGCCGAGGAAUCUAUGUACUAGAUCGUGCAGUGUUGGAAGUUGAUCUUUGGGUGAAAAAGGAAGAGGAGGGAUCAACCGAUGAACGGUUACUUUCUGAGUAUGUUGAGAUUUGCUUGCGCUCCAGUUUCAAUAAGAUGCGCACGGGGCGGAUUCACAGUGAAGAUGCAAUCUUGGAUAUGGACUUUAUGUUCCUUUCAGAGAGUGUUGAGGCAGUUAUAGAGGUGUUCACAGGUGUUGACAGUCCUCAGCACGUGAAAUUCGUUGCUUCCAGCAGUUGUUUUGAUAAGGAGAUUUUGCUUUUCGAGGGGAAAUGUUUUCAGGGCAAGCUCUUUACGCAUGUGGUUGCAGUGACGGUAGAAGAAAAACUGAGUAUUCGCUUGGAAUGGGAAAAUCCACAUUUGGAGUGGACCUUUCAGGAUGGAGUUGUUGGAGCUUUAAGUUAUGCUGAUGAUGACUCAGUUCCAUUUUAUGUGAGGGUGUUCUUUGCUCCAAAGAACCUGGGACGCGGACCAUCAAGAUACGACGCUUGGAAGAAGAGGUGUAAAAACAAGGGGACAACUUCCAGUAGUGGGUUGCUGAAAGUUUGA